GAGCGCUUCCUUUGACUUUACGAGUGUGCAAGAUAGAUAGAGAGAGAGAGAGAGAGAGAGAGAGAGAGAGAGAGAACCCAGCCAGCUAAAUGAAAUGAGAGUCUGAACACUUAUGGGAACUCCUUUAGAUUAUCGCUUUCCCUUUCCCAAGGAUUACACCUGAUCAGAAGGAGUGGGGUCUCAGAGAUCAUGGGAAGUACGGAUGCAGGGGUGGAAUUAAACGACUCCGCCGAGCUGAACGGCUCUUCUGCAGACGCGGUCGCCCCCGGAUACGGCAGCGUGGAAGCGGGGCUUCUGGGCAUGCUCAUGUCGCUGCUGGUGCUGGGCAUCGUCUUCGGUAAUGUGCUGGUGAUAACGGCCAUCGCCAAGUUCCAGCGGCUGCAGACGGUCACCAACUACUUCAUCACGUCGCUGGCCUGCGCCGACUUGCUCAUGGGGCUGGUGGUGGUUCCCUUCGGCGCCUGCUACAUCAUCCUCGACACGUGGCACUUCGGCAGCUUCUGGUGCGAGUUCUGGACGGCCGUGGACGUGCUGUGCGUGACGGCCAGCAUCGAGACACUGUGCGUGAUCGCGCUGGACCGCUACCUGGCUAUCACGUCGCCGUUCCGCUACCAGACGCUGUUGACCAAGUGCAAGGCCCGUGUUGUGCUGCUGAUGGUGUGGCUGGUGGCCGGCCUCAUAUCCUUCCUGCCCAUCCACAUGAAGUGGUGGAUCUCCGAUGAACCGGAAUCCCUGCGCUGCAUGAACAACAGCCGCUGCUGCGAGUUCAACACCAACGCCCCCUACGCCAUCGCCUCCUCUAUCGUCUCCUUCUACAUCCCCCUGGUGGUCAUGGUCUUCGUCUACAGCCGCGUCUUCCAGGAGGCCAAGAAGCAGCUGUGGAAAAUCGAGAAGUGCGAGGGCCGUUUCCUCAGCCACGGCAGCAGCCUGGCCAAGGACAGCCAUGGCAUUGAGGCCAGGAACGGAAAAAGGACCAAAUUUUGCCUGAGGGAGCACAAGGCCCUGAAAACCUUAGGGAUGAUCAUGGGGAUAUUCACCCUGUGCUGGCUCCCCUUCUUCGUCCUCAACGUGGUGACGGCCAUCUGGAAGAUCGAGAACAUCAAGCUGACCUUCAGGAUACUAAACUGGAUAGGCUACGCUAACUCUGCCUUCAACCCACUCAUCUACUGCAGGAGCCCCGACUUCAGGUUUGCGUUUCAGGAAAUCCUGUGUCUGCGGAGGGUGUCCUUCACCAAACAGGGAAGUACCAACGGAUACAUAUGCGGGGGGACCAGCUGGCUCAGUGAUCUGCAGGCCAGGAACAGGUGCGACUCGGGUGCCAGGAAUGUGGACGCAGGGACCCUGGAAAAGGGUGAGAAUGUGCUGUCCCAGAAAACUCAAAGUCCUGCCGAAACAAUCAAAGCUUUAACCACUGCCCUUUAACUCAGUCUCUAAAAAAGCUCAUGUUUCGCUGGUAAUUAUUUUUUUAUUUCAAAUAAAAGACCAAUAACACACACAGGUAUAGAAAGGAGUUUUUUUGUGCAGAGUAUGUGUUUAAUUCUGGAAACUUUGCCAUAAAGGAAAUGUGUAUAUACAGGUUGGGCUGUGUGUAGCGUCUGCGCAAGCAUGUACUUGAUUCACGUGUAAAAAGUGUAAUUUUAGUAAUAUUUCAUUUUCAGUCAUCUACCUCAGUUUGUAAUGUGAGACGUCCUCAGUGUUCUUAUUUAUGAAAAGCCAAACGCUCUUAACACUUUUACAUCUUUUUUAUUUAUACACUCAAUAUCAAAUUUCAGAUCGUUUGAUUAAAAAAAAAACGAUUUAAUCCAUUUAAUUGUCCACUAGUUUCAACGUUGUGUUAAAUUAAUGACUUUUAUAUUCGAACAAAAUCUGACAGCUUUAUUCAGUUUGUUCUGGAUAAACGGGGGGAAAAGGGUCAAACUGAGACACAUUCCAUAAACACUGGGGCUUUGUCUAAACGAACAGAUGACCGCCGGAUAGUGAUGACGCAGUAAAGAAAGAGGGAAAAAACUAACAAGCCGCUGAUGAGAAGAAACAGGUGCAGAGAGUGAAACCUCCACUUACGACGGGCGCUUUUCCCAAAGACGGUUAAGCCUCAGAUAAUAAUAAUACUAAUACUAAUAAUAAUCACAGCCAUUCGGCAUUUUCGCGGAAGAAUCGUUCAGGUUGUCUUACUGCUAAAGUCCGACCUUAGAGGCUACAACUGCCCGCACACGUUGCGUCAUUUUUCACUGACUAUUGAAAACAAACUAAUAGGCAUGUUACUGCUGGAAGACUAGCUAGAAUAUAUACAUAGCAAGUUCAUGUAUUUUUAUAUGUAAAUGAAGCAUCGCACAAGUGUUUUUCUUUACAUGAAUGUUACUGUCUUACUGAUCUGAUGCUGUUGAGAAGCUGCGUUAAUUGUGCCCUCGUACUGUGGUGUGUUUAUAGGUCUGUAUGGUGUAGUGCAGCCUUCCACUGUGUCAAAAGUGCGACUGUGCUGAAUCGCUCAGAAAAGUCCGUUUAGGACAGGAAUGUGUAAAUUACUGCUAUUUCACAUCGAUUUAGCAUCUGUUUAUCUGCACAAAUGGCUGCUAUUUGAAAUCUUGCCAAGCGUCGGUGAACUUUUCAAACAUCGUUUUUGUUCCCCCACAUAGCUUAAGUGGCUAGUAGUUAGAGAUCCGUGUAUGUAUACAGAGCUGCUCUUUCGUGUAGGCUACAGAACGUGGUUAAACACAUUUUUUGAACCUGUUUCUGAACCGAUUUGUCUCAUAAACGCAUCAACAAAACGUGCAGCCUCUACAAACGACUGAAGAAUUUGCUGUGCAUGUUCAGAAUGACGAUGUAAGUGCAACGUGAAUUGUGUUUAUGUGGAUCACGUUUGUUCCUCUCCAGUCACUUCGAUGCACUUUUAUUGGUACAUGUCGCCCUCUUGUGGUUGCACUGAACACUGCAGUCUGUCUGCAGCACAUAUCCCAUCAAAAAAGCCCGGAAUAUGAAUUUAUAGUCUGUGAGUUUGUAGUUUGUAUAGUAUACUGUUGUGCCAUAUUGUUCGAUAUCGUGCUUGAAAUACAUCAACACAGCAGUUAACCAGCUGUCUUUGCAUUCCUUAAGCAAUAUUGAAAGUAGAUUCCGCUAAAAUUUACUGCUAUCCUUAGAAACUGAACCUAAUACCGAGACUGCAUGCCUGUAGCAGAAGCGAAAUCAUUUCACAUGCAGCUUUUUUUUUAUUUCAUACUUUUUCGUAAUCUGUCUGACUGAAAUAAUCCGCUACACGGCACCAACAAAUAAAAAAACAGUCUUAAUGGUGCAGUUGUUACUGAGACAGUAUAUCAUGCUAAAAUAUUCUGUAAAAUUAAUAAGUGAUAGCCUGAACCGGAUGUGCUUCAAUUUCCUCAUGGUGUAACAAUGGCCUGUGUACCUGUGGUCCUUUGCUGCUCAGCGGUCUGAUCAUCAGGCUAUUUUUCUGACCAGCUGCUCGAUGCAUAUUUAAAGGCUGUUAAAAAAAAAAUCUCAUUUGCGGCUGAUUACGGAGAAUUCAGCUUACUUGUUGCAUGCGAUCAAACUGCACGUUUACCGUAAGCAUUAAACCACUUACACGAGUCUGCAUAUCGCUGUGCUGAGCAAAACGUCAGUGUUCAGAGAUCACGUGAUCACAUAUUUAUUAAACAAAUGUCCAAUGAAGUUUGUAUUUCAGUAAUAAAUAUCUUUAAUGCGUA